AUGGUGUUGUGGUUCCGAAUAGUGGCAUUUGCAGGAGCCUUGUUGGGGCAGAAUGUGCUCGGAGGACCAGAGUUACGGGCUGGGAUGGGGAUACCCUCCCGGGCUUUUGUGUCGAUUUGGACGUCGACGAUUACUUAUGUGCGGUAUGAUGGGAUACUUACGACGGCGACUAGGAUCCAUAGGAUAUCGGAUGUUGACAUUGCGACGAUGACUGAGGCGUCGACUGCUACCUCGACUACUACUGAGACUCACACUGAAUCUUCCUCAUCCAUGACAUGGGCUUCAUCCUCCUCGUCUCUUGCGGCCUUCUUCACGUUGCCUGUCAUUCGAGUGACAAUCACCCCGACAAUAUCGCCUCUGCCGACUUUGUCAACUUCAUCAACUUCGUCAACCUUGUCAACUUUGUCCACCUCGUCAACGUCCACAGCCCCAGAUGCCAAACAAACCGAGUACCACGCGCCUUCCUCCGCACCCCAAUCUACACAUAUAAGUGCCGCGCAAAUCGCCGGUAUUGCCAUCGGAAGCGGUGCUCUCUUUUGUCUCGUGGCAGCGCUCUUCUUUUUCUUUGGGAGACGAGGACGCGGUGGAGGGCGUUUUGCACAUGACGGCGAUCAUCGUCUUUCCAUGAGGGAUGUCGGUGCCGGGCUAGGGGUUGUGAAGACGAGAUUCGGGACUGUUUGGGGAAAGGGGAAGCCCGAUGCCAAGCAGCCGCAGCAGCAGCACAUUGAGGGCCCUGCUGAGCUUCCGGCUGAGCCUGCGGUUGAACUUCCUGCUGACAUCCCCGAUACAGUGGAAUCUUUGGGGGUUAUUAAGCCGGGGAAUGGGUCGACGGAGAGGCGGGUUGAUGGGUUGUCUAUUUGUGGCUUUCAACCUCCUGUUGUGAAGGAGCUGGACGGGGCCAGCGUGGUGUCACAUAAGCCAAUGUCCCCUUCUCCGGACCAACGAGAACAACAGCAGCAGCAGCAGCGGAAUCCUCAACGACAAAGCCAAGGAGUUGAAAUCUCGCCCGUGCCUGACACACUUGGAGAGAAUGGGGGGCCGACUCUGCCCAGAUAUGAGGAGCUUGAUAGCGAGGCGAGAUCGCGCCUGUUUUCGUGGGCUGCGCCGGAGAGUGCGUAUAGGCCGGAUAAGUCAUGGUAUGAGGAUUGA